AGCGUGGACCCCGUAUGAACAACACCCCGCAGCUCUCCUCCGGUCCCACCCUGCACUCAGGUAGCGGUAAAGGUGGCGGCGGUGGCAGCUUCAUCAGCGGCGGCAUGAGACACAACAGCAGCCACCCUUCCUUCUCCCACUCCUUCCACAACCUGGCCCAGCUGCCGCCGUCCUACGAGGCCGCCAUGAAACCGGAGAUCAACCGCUACAGCUCCCUGAAGAGGCUGGAGAAAGAACUCGACGAGUACUCCAGCUACUACAACUCCAAACGCCGCUUCAACAACGCUCCGCCGUCCUUCCACUCGUCUCAGCACCACCUGCCCUGGGGAGGUGAAUACACGCUGGGAUCUCGGGGGACGCUGCCCCUCAACGGCUCCCGGCCCCGUCUCCACAUCCCCGCCUCCACCCCGAACCCGUACCCGCUGCCCACCCAGACGCAGUACACCAGCUUCUCGUUCGACAGGCCGCCGCGCCGCGUCCGCUCACAGGACCAGCUGCUGGCACUCGGGGACAACACGCUGUCCCGACUGUCCAAGAACCAGCAACACCAGUACUACAAAGCCAUGAUGAGCACCAGCAGGAGCUCCAACUCACAGACGCUCCGCAGGUCCCACGAGAGGCUCCUGGUCUCCCCCGACCGUCUGGAGGACCGGCUGAUGGCGAUGGGGCUGAUGAUGGGAGGAGGCGACAGAGGAGGAGGAGGAAGUGGGAUGGUGCCGACCAUGGGCCGGCUCAGCCACCACCAGAAGGCCCAGUCGCAGCAGAACAUCUGCGUCACGCCGUCCAUGGAUCGCCACCACAUGAUCAAGAUGAACUCCCACCCGACGCCAGGCCACGACCACGACCGCAGCUCCGCCGCCAUGCCCGGGAUGGGCAUGCACGGCGGCUGGGACCCCCACCGGGGCCACGGCGGAGGUGGAGCGGGGACGGGCGGAGGCCACCCCAACGCCCGGCGGAUGGCCUUUGCCAGCAAGAGGCAGAGCACCAUCGAACAGCUGCACUUCAUCCCCGGAGGAGGGGGAGGCCACGGACUGCGGACUGCGAGUAAGAACGAGGUGACGGUGUGAGAGGAGGAGGGAGAGAGGACGAGAAAGAGUCAGGGAGGAGAGGUGAAGGCUGAAGAGAUAAAGACAGGACGAGGGAAGGAAAGUGUUGAGGCAUUUAGUGGGAAGACGAGGCAGCUGAAAAAGACAUGAGGUUUUAACCCGUCACAACACACAGAGUGGUGGACGUCAACAUUAAUAUCAGUGAGCAGAGCCACUUGAUUUCCUCCUCGUCACUUUGCGUGUUGAAAAAGAAUAUUCAGCCAUUUUCUGCAAAGGGAAGACAGACAUGUCCACUUCAAAAGAGCAAAAAAUACAGUAUGAGUGAAGUUUUAAGGCUGCUGGGUAUUCGCUGUGACUUUUAUUGAAGGAUACCCGCUGAUUAUAAUUUAUUGACUUGUCCUCGACUUUUAUUGCGCUGUCCUCUGAGUCCUCGAGCGCUCUGACAGAACUUCUUCUGUCUUUGAAUCCACUGUGGAUGACGGAGAGCGCCGAGGCAGAGACAGACCGGUUUGCUUGUCUUUGUAUUUAUAAAAGUAUUUAAAACCAAACAACUCUUUUAUAAGAUUUAACCUGAUAUUAAUAACAACGAUAGUAUUAAGAUAACGGAGCCCUGUUGGACUUUGUGUAUAAAAACGUAUAUUUAUCCUGAAAUCAGCCAGUUUGUCAUUUCAAGGCCGAACAUGUGAUGUUGUGAUUGGACUAUCAUGAAAGUUAAACUGCUAAAUUAAUCCAGCUAAGUGCAGUUCUCUGUCACAUGAUUGAUUUGUGGUUUUGAUUCACAAAAUAAGUGAAAAUACAAUUAAUGCUUUUAGGCAAAAAACAAAACCUACGUCAUUGGAAGCUGCUGCUGUAAAGGCCCAGUCACACCAGCGUUUCAAAUGGAUUCACGUCAAAAUGUAAUUAUUUCAGUGAUAUUGUUGUUGUCACUGGAUUUUUCUUCAAUCCUAAUGACAAGAUUAAUUUUGGUGAACUGUGAUUAGUGAAUUAGACUAAUUACUGAAUCUAAAUUGGGGUAAGCUAGCGUGGCUACGUAGCUACCUUUAUUUUACCUGUAGGUUAGAAAAGAGGCAUGUUUUUCUAGACGGUUAUGACGCAGACAUUUGUGGUGAAGAAAUAAGUCUUUUGAAUAAACUGUGAACUUGUUGAAUUUGUGAAACUUUGUGAAAUUGUCUUGACCGAGCUGAUGAGCUAGCUGCUAACUGUUAUCCCGUUAAGCCUGUUAGCUUGUUCAGCUUUUUUCCCCCUCUAUUAUUAAAUUAUGUAAAAUAAGAAACUGCCAGAUGAGAGUAGAACGCACACGAGAGGAAAAUUGAAGUAUCGUGACUGACCUGCGCUGUGUCAUGGCUGCUUAGCAUUUUAGCGAUUAGCCUGUCAGCAACUGUAGUUCAACAGCUAACCCUGUCAGGGGUAGUAGAGCUGUCACUUUUUCCAAAAAUAAAGUUCGAACUAAUUUUACACGAAGCGAAAUGAGUUUGGAUGUAAUCGACAGCCGCCCCCUUUGAUGUCUUUGAUUGUACACUCAGGAUGCCUUUGCCUGCUAGCGUCCUCCAUUUUCUUGACUAAGUAACAUUACUGGCUAACUUUACUGAUAGGUCAAGAGUUCAUUUGGUCAAGCGCCCUCCGCUGGUUCACCAGGCAAACUACUCCAAACUGUAUGAUGCGCUUCUAAAUUGAAUAUUAAUAUUUUCUCCCCACAUAUGAACGACUGUGGGAACUUUGAGUAACAAGUGACAGUCCUCUUCGGGAGUCUGGACAUCCCCGAACUUUUUUAAGACCAAACAUUUGGAUGAAUUUUAAUGUGCCACUUCCUGGUGUGACCGGGCCUUAAAAUCCAUUUUAACUUAAGGCCUUUGUACAGUGAACUCUAGUGGGCUUUUAUCAUUGUGCUGUGACCCUUUGCGUAAUGAAAUGAAUUACAAGUUUUAAGACUCAAGACUCUGUGUGGGUCAAACAUUUUAAUAUCGACGCUGACAAAGCAAACGUCCCUCAAACACUGUUUUGAACUUUGAAAGUCGGAGGUUACUGUUUUUGUGAUCGAUUGCCGUUAAGCAAAUCCUCCCUUUUGUCUACGACGGCACGCGUUACCUGCGAGUUCAGCCGCUCACCUCUUGUGGAAGGAAAAGGGGUCAGACGGGUUCAAGGCCGGGGACAAUGGACACUUCACACUAAGGGCUAUACUGAAUUAUCUUUGUGUCUGUGCUCUGUACAGCGUCUGCUUCUCAUUUCCAUGUGUCGGUGUCAGGAGGCAUGCUUGUGCAAACAUUCUUUUUUUUUUUUUUUAUACGUGUAGAGAAAAAAUAUAAACAUGCAAAGAAAUUCAAGGCAAAGGAACUUUUGUGGGACAUGUAAAAACACCCGACCACGAAUUCUCGAUAGCACGGCGGGAGAAGUGUUUGCCAUGAUGAUGUCAUAUUUUGUACAUUUUUUAGUUCUCUGGCUGUGAGAUGGACCUUCUGACCACGAGGGUUGGAUUCACCCUCUCUGGGGUUUAAGGGACUCGCGAGGCCUCGUCUGAGGUUUUCUGUUUCCCCUCGAUAACGACGGAUGUGAUUGCCGCCAGCCACUUUUAGUCUUUAACUACAAAUACGUGUGCUCACGUGUUAAUGGUUUAUGAUCAUACUUGUAAAGAACCCCCCCCCCGAUCAGACGCUCUUUAUCACGAUCGUUAUUUUUGAUUUGCUUAUUUAUUUUUUUGUCGAAAACACGCAUUUAUUUUUUUAAAUCUCUGAACUUUAAUGUACAAUCCUGGAUUUUCAAUAUUCAAACUUUCUAGUGGAAUUUUAAAAAAAGAAAAGAAAAAACAUUUGUACACUCAACAAAAAGAGCCGAUGCAAUCAAAGAGAAAAGACGAAACCGCAUGACGAUGUCAGAAGCCAGUGUUGAUGAUGUCAUAGUGCUGACUGAUGAUGUCACGGCGUGUAUAUGUGUCAAUGUACAUGUGUCUGUUUUCAUUUGUGUGCCCGUGUGUGUAACUCUCUCAGUGUCUUCUUCUUCUUAAGGAAUGCUGAACCUCAGUUUUGACCAAACUCGGUUUUUGUCUUCAGCACACGAAGACGACUUCAAUGCCCGAGUCUCAUUACCUGUUCAUAUCGACUUGUAAUGAAAUUUUAAAGGCCUGUCGUCGUUUGAUUUUAUUUCUUAUUUCUUUUCCUUUGAAAAAAAAAAAAAAAAAAGGGGGGAACAUUGGUCAAUCACAGCUUUUCUGGUCGAGCUACAUUCACCAAAACGAGGACUUUUCAAACGUUUAACGAUGGGAGGCUUAUAUAUUGUGUCAAGUUUUGGUAUUUGAACAGAAGUGAAACAGCCGAGUGCGUCGGUUAUCGCUCGCUCAACGACGUUUGUGUGGCUUGAACGUGUACCUGCAAAAAGCGAUUUGUCUUUUGUAAGCUACUUUCUCAUUUGUGCUCAUUCGAACAGAACUUUAAAGGCACAAAUGCGACUCGACGAACAGUAAUAACUCAGCUUUUUAAAGUUGCAAUGUACGUGAAGGAGGAAGAACGAGGGUUUUUUUUCCCCGUCGGUUGUGGAGGAGUUUGUAUUGCGACUUGCCUUCGGCUGAAAGGACUCGAUAGGCUUUGUGGUUUUUACACUGAAAACAUCUCAUUCACUUUUAAAAGAGGAAGCGGCAAAAAAAAAAACAGCGGGAGGGGAAAUGUAAAUGACACGUGGAAAUUCAGUUUGUAUUUUCUUUCUCAUUUCUCCUCAUUCCUUCAAAAGUCUGAUACUCAUGUUGUAAUCUGUUUGGGUAAAUGCUCCCCUGAUCAACCUGUGUGUGUGUGUGUGUGUGUGUGCGUGCGUGUGCCACGGAGGGGAAGGCAUGGGUGUAUUUGUAUUCUCAAAGCUACUCUGCAUACCUCAAAUUGUAUGAUACAUUUAUUUAUUACAUCCCCUUAUAUGUCUAUUUCCAAGAAUAUCCAGACAGAGGUCUCACAGAUGUGCAACCCUUUUGUUAUUGGUGAUGGAUUCUUGCGUUUGUAGAAAUCAUACUGUUUGAUUGAUAAUAACAAUAAAAGAA